AAGGGUUAAGUGCAAUUUGCUCCCCGUACUUUGACCAUUUUUGUACAUUAACCCCCGAAUAAAAAAAAGUUACACGAUCAUACCUGAACUUACUAAUUUAUAGCACCGGUGACUUAAAAGUCCAAUUUUUGACAAAAGUAUCCCUUGAUCAAUUGCACACGUGCGAUACACACGUGAGAAUGGAGGGGCAAUUUGGACAAAUCAAUAAAAAGUUCACAAACCAAAUAUAGAAAUAUUCCUGAAAUAGUUCAUCUUCUCUAAAAAACUUCAACCUGCGGUGGGCAUGUCACAACUCUCGACAACCUUUGUUUUCUCCUAUUCUUAGUUUCUCAACUUUUAGCAGAACAACUAAAAAACCAACCAUCUCUCUUCUUCUUUCUCUCUCUAUCUCUCUCCAUCUCUCUCUCUCUCUCCUCUCUCUUCACACAAAACGACCCCAAAAAAAUUAUAAUGUGAGCCAGCUUUUUUCUCUCUCCCGCCAGAUAUCUGAAGACGACGUAGUUUUCUUCUCGCCGGAAUUUCGACCCCUUUCCGUCAAUGGGUCGUCAUUUCCUCCUACCCAGCAUCAACACCGACCCCACCUCCCCACGCCUUUCGCCGGAGCCAACCCGCCCGGGCUCCGCGGCGGAGCUACCGUCGCCGUUCGGCAAUCUCGACGGACUCGACCUCGACGACUUCCGCGAAGCCGCAUACGAGAUUUUCUUCACCGCCUGCAGAUCUUCGCCGGGGUUCGGCGGCCGGAGCGUGUUGACGUACCAUAACCCCUCCGACAGCGGCGGAGGCGGCGACGGAUAUGGGUCGGCUCCUGGAUCUCCGGUGAAGCCGCCCGGGGUUGGGAUGGCGGUGACUAGCCGGGUGAAGAUGGCGUUGGGGCUGAAAAUGCUGCGGCGCUCCCCGUCUUCACGGCGGACGAGCUCGUGCGGGUCGAACCCGUCUUCCCCGAGCGGGUCGGGGUCCGGGUCGAGCCCCAGGGUCGGGUUCACGGUGCCCCAUGCGGGGAGGAUGAGGCGGCCGUUGACAUCGGCGGAGAUUAUGCGUCAGCAAAUGAGGGUGACGGAACAGAGUGACAAUCGUCUUCGUAAAACUCUAAUGAGGACACUUGUUGGCCAAAUGGGAAGGCGUGCAGAGACAAUAAUCCUACCUUUAGAGCUUCUACGCCAUCUGAAACCAUCGGAAUUCAACGACCCUCACGAGUACCAUCUAUGGCAAAAACGCCAGCUCAAAAUCAUAGAAGCGGGCCUAUUGCUCCACCCGUCAAUCCCAUUAGAGAAAUCGGACACGUUCGCCGCUAAGCUACGAGACAUCAUCGAUUCUUCCGAAACAAAAGUAAUCGACACCGGGAAGACCUCUCCAACCAUGCGAACCCUCUGCAACUGCAUCGUCUCCCUAGCGUGGCGGAGCCCCGACGGUGGGACCACGGACAUCUGCCACUGGGCCGACGGCUACCCUCUCAACGUCCACAUCUACACCGCCCUCCUCUCCUCCGUCUUCGACCUAAAAGACGAAACCCUAGUUUUGGACGAGAUCGACGAGUUGAUCGAGCUCAUGAAGAAAACAUGGUCCAUGUUGGGGAUCAACCGUUCGAUGCACAACUUGUGCUUCACGUGGGUUCUUUUCGAGCAGUACGUCCUUACAGGACAAGUGGAGCCCGAUCUUCUAGGCGCUUCGUUCGCGAUGCUGACGGAGGUCGCGAGCGAUGCGAAGAAGGUCGACAGAGAUCCCGUUUACUUGAAGAUGCUCGGGUGUUGUUUGAGCGCGAUCAAGAAGUGGUGCGAGAAGAGGUUGCUCGAUUAUCACGGGAACUUUAAUAGGGGCAAUAUUGGAAUAAUGGAAAACAUGCUCCCUCUGCUUUUUUCGGCUACCAAGAUAUUAGAAGAGGAUGUCCCUUGUUAUGUCACUUCUUCCCAAGAAAAGGGAGAAGCGGUGGUCGAUGAGCACUCCACCGGUAAUAGAGUCGAUCAUUACAUUCGAUCGUCGUUGCGGAACGCAUUCGCUAAGAUGUUAGAAGAUCAAAAUGUGAACGGGACGACAAAAUACACCGAGGCGCAAGAAGUGAGUGAAGUGCUCAUUAAAAUUGCACGAAAAACGGAAGAAUUAGGUAUAAAGGAGAAGGAUAUUUUCAGUCCCGUUUUGAAGAAAUGGCACCCGAUUGCGGCUGGAGUUGCGGCCGUGACACUCCACACGUGUUACGGGACUUUGCUUAAGCAAUAUCUAACGGGGAAAUCAUCGAUCUUGAACGAAACUGUGUUGGUUCUGCAAAGGGCGGGUAAACUCGAGAAGGCUUUAGUGCAGCUCGUGGUGGAGGACUCGGUUGAAUGUGAAGACGGGGGCAAGACCAUUGUGAGAGAGAUGGUUCCUUACGAAGUCGAAUCGUUUAUAGCGAGACUGUUGAAGCAGUGGAUUCAAGAGAGGCUGCAGAAGGGGAAAGAAUAUCUCCUUCGAGCAAAACAAACCGAAACAUGGAAUCCGAAGUCGAAAACGGAACCGUACGCUCAUUCGGCAAGUGAACUAGUCAGCUUUGUAAAGGAAGUUGUGGAUAGUUUCUUUGAAAUUCCGGUGACUUUAUCAGAGAGCUUGUUCUAUGAUUUUGUCAAUGGUUUGGAGAAUGUGUUUAGAGAUUACAUUGCCUUUGUUGCAUCAUGUGGAUCAAAACAGAGUUACCUCCCAACGCUUCCUCCACUAACAAGAUGCAGCAGAGACUCAAAAAUCUUCAAACUAUGGAGAAAAGCGGCGUGCAGCGUCGGAGUGGAAGAUCGCAACCACACGAUCGGCGGCGAAGAAGGAAACAAUCCACGGCCGUCGACGAGCCGUGGGACCCAACGCCUCUACAUCCGCCUCAACACCCUCCACUACCUAGCCUCUCAGCUCCACUCCCUCGACAAAACCCUAGCAAUUUCCCCCAAAUUCACGCCGUCCAAAAUCCCCUCCGCCGCCGCCAGCCGACGGCAGCAGCAGCAGCAGCCGACGAACGGAUCCUUCUUCGAGCACACCCUCUCCACCUUGCAGAUCGUCUCCCAGCACGUCUCCGAAGUCGCCGCCUACCGCCUCAUAUUCCUCGACUCCAAUUUCGUCUUCUACGGCAGCCUGUACGUCGGCGGCGUGGCUAACACGCGGAUCCGGCCGGCGAUCAGGCUGAUCAAGCAGAACCUCACGCUCCUCUGCGCGAUCGUCGCCGAGAGGGCUCAGCCGCUCGCAUUGAAGGAGGUGAUGAAGGCCUCCUUCGAGGCGUUCCUCAUGGUUCUCCUCGCGGGCGGGGGUUCGAGAAUGUUCUCCAGAUUCGAUCACGAGAUGAUCGAGGAGGAUUUCGACAGCUUGAAGCGCGUGUUCUGCACGUGCGGCGAGGGUUUGAUUGUUGAGGAUAUGGUCGAGAUGGAGGCCGAGGCCGCCGAAGGCGUUGUCGGGCUUAUGGGACAGAGUACUGAGCAGUUGGUUGAGGAUUUCAGCAGUGUGGCUAGUGAAGCCGCCUCCGGCGGUGGCAGCGGGGCUGGCCGGAAGAUUCCGAUGCCGCCGACAACGGGGCGGUGGAAUAGGUCCGAUCCGAAUACUAUAUUGAGAGUGCUUUGCUAUAGAAAUGAUCGAUCUGCUAAUUAUUUUCUCAAGAAAACAUUUCAUUUGGCAAAGAGGAGGCCUAUGAUCAAAAUGAUUUAAAAUAUAUAUAUAUUAUAUAUAUAAUUUUUUUGAAAAUAAAUGAGAGAGAAUGUUGAUUUUAAUUUAAUACAUUUGAUGUUACUUUUGGUAAGCCAAGAAAAAGAUAGAGAGAGAUUGGAAGAUUGUUCUUGCUCAAAAAAAAUUUAUCUGUUUAUUUUGCUUAGUUUUAGGAGGGAAAUUAUAUUUGUGUUCAUAUUUCUUUUUCUUUUUUUUUUAGAUUUUUUCUUUGUACAAAUUUCUGUAUUUAAUAUACUACAUUAGAUUAUAUAUCAUUGUAAAAUGAUCAAGGGUCGAGUUGCUACAAAAGUACGCUAUUUCACCCGGUGUAGUAUGGAAUAAACCAUUUUUUAGUCAAUCCAUUGAAUAAAUGUGAGAGUGUUUCUU